UUGAAGAUUAAAACUUGAGAUUUAAACGAGCGCUUGGCGUGUUAUGUGUUUACGAACAAAACUAAUGAUAGUUUAAAAAUUCAAAAUUAUUCAUGGAAAUUCUGCCUUUCGGGAACACCGAGUCUUCAUUUUUCCUAGUGUUAAGUGUAUGUUACUAAAUAUAAUAUUACCCUAAAUAUUAUUUACUAUGUAUAACGCUCAAAAUAGCUGUAAAAAUUAAUAUUAGGAGCAAACAGCUUAGAUUCAAUAUUGAUCAUGUCUUCCUAUAGAAGAAUCGAUUCUGAGAGUUCGGAAGUGGACAGCAGCCACGGCAAUGAUGUAGGAUUCAAAGGAUUAAAAAAAAUUCCAAGGGAACGGUUUCGUGUAGGGGUAUGUCUGCUUCGGAUAUAUGACGAGAACGAUCCGCGUGCGUACUGCUAUGUAUCGGUCGAUCCGCACCGCCGUGUCCGAUGGCUCGAGCAACGGCUUCGCGACUUACUGGACCUAACUGAAUCCUUCGUGCUUCGCUCUCGUGGACAUUUACUACCCAGUGCCGAACGGCUCACUAUCCUCUGUCCUGAUGACCCCGUGGAAGUGUUUCCGACAAACACAGAUGUAACAAAAAAUGUAAAACCUGGCAAUAAUUCUUAUGUGAUAUGUGAAGCUCACAAGUCUUCAAUUGAUGCAAUUGAUGGAGGAAAAUCAGAAAAUGAGGCUGGUUUAGAGUAUUCCUCCUUACAACAUACAAAAGUACAGCCUGAGGAAAAGAAAGAAUCCAUUCAAGAAAAUGAAACAGAUCUUGAAUCUUAUAAAGAAAGAGCUCUAGCAAUGUUAGACAAUACAUUUUCUCAAAAGACUCAAAGUGAUGAACAAGAUAACAUUUGGAUCAUGGAGGAUUAUUCAAAUGUCAACAACCAGCGCACAAAGCGAAAACGGGUGCGUCGCAGACGAAAAAACAAUUGUUCUUCAGAAAGUAAUGGUAAUGCUUGGGAAAAUACUUCAACUUCUGGGCGUGCACCUCGCCUGGUACACGCAUUGCCUAACGGACUUACCAGUUAAUAAAUUGUUUUAUAGCCA